AUGCAAAAUCAGGCAUACUCUAGAACAUUGAAUGAAGCUACCAAAAAACAAAAGACUAAUGAAAAUACUGAAGGAAUUAAUUCUACUGAAGAGAUUGAUUCUAGUGAAGAAUCAGAUGAUAUUGAAGUUAAAAUUGAGGGAAUCAUUUGUAAAGAAAUAUCAAUCAACAAGAAUUUCAAGGUUAUUAUUGAAAAUUUUGAAUACUACAAGAAGGACAAUAAGGAUCCUUUGGCGAUUGCUAAUAUAAUGAAUCUGACACCAAAAGGUUCAUUUAUAAGAACAUUGCCUAAAGAUGUGUACAAAGAAUACCUUUUAUCACUAGAAUAUUUGGAUAAUAUUAUUCCCAAUGAAACACAUGAUUUUCUAGUAGAAUUUUUUGGGCAGAUUGUUGUUGAUAAAUUAAUUGUUCAAGAGGAUGUACUUCUUCUUCUGAUUGAUUAUGUGAGGUAG